AUGCCCUACUCCCCUACUGCCGCCGCCGCCGCCACCCUGCUGGUGGCGGCCUAUGCGGCGGGGCGAGGGCGCUGCCCUCGCUUGCAAGCGGCACGCCAGCUGGCGGUGCCGCCGCUGCGCGUGGGGGCCCCCGCGGGCGGUUUUGCUGGCGGGGCAGCGCUCGCAGGCGGUGCUGCCCCUGCGGGCGCUGCCGCCUCCGCGGGCGGUUCUGCCCGCGGGGCAACGCCCGCAGGCGGUGCUGUCCCGCCGGGCGGCUGCCCCUGGGGGGGGGGUGGUUUCGCCCUUGGAAGCAACGGCGGCAGGCGCCACUACCCUGAGGCACCUCACCCCGUGGGAGAAGCGGCCGCAGGAGCCUCUGCCCGCGGGCUGCCAGCCCCGCCGGACGUAGAUCAACAUCAGGCUCUACACUAUCUUCUUGCACAUCUCCCCAAUCACCAUGAUAUAUUGGAGGAAUAA